CACUACUAACUGCGGUGCAGUCUGCUCCGAAAGAAUGGCUCCUAAAACCUCUGGUGUCAUCCCAAAGGAAUAUUCCGAGGAAAAGAUCACACGAAAGGAAAAGUACAAGUUGAUGAAGCCAAUUAUAGAAAAAAAGCGCCGAGAUCGCAUCAACAGCAGCAUUGGGCAACUCAAGGCUUUAUUGAGGGAAGAAUUUCAGAAUCAGGAACCCAACAUGAAAAUGGAGAAAGCUGACAUCUUGGAGAUGACCGUGAAUUACCUGAGACUUCAUAACCAGAGAAUGUUCACAGUGACCUACAGCAAGAGCCUCGCCCAGAAUUUUAAAGAAGGCUAUUCGCGCUGUCUGCAGGAGAUUCAGCAUUUCAGCUUCUCCCCGGAGGGCAAGAAAGACAUGCAGGACAAACUUGUGAACCAUUUGCACAGGGCUCAGGAGCCGGCUAAGGGCCCGUGUUACCCGCUUCCUCCCAUGCAUCUUCCUGUCUGUCAACCGGCCAUCAAGCAAGAACUGAAAACCAGCGUUACAACGCUCUGGAGGCCCUGGAUGUGCCUUGAGUGUAUGCUUAUAUAUCAGUAUGCAGACGAGUGUCAUAGAGUGCCUUGCAUUAUAGUGAGUUUUUCAAUAUUUAGAGAUAAAUCGAUUCAAUUUUUCCUUGUGUAUCGUCGGUGACAAGUAUUUCGUUCUGUUCCGUUUCAUAAUGUUCCCUGUAUAUGACAGGAAUUCACUGUUUGUAUUAUCUCCUGCAUAUUAAUGCAAAUUCUUCCUUGGCUACUAUCUAAAUGCCCCUGCAUUGUAGCAAUCCUGAAUCUGAAUCAAGCCUCACCCUCAAUCCCAGAUUUCACUAUAUAUUGCAUUG